CUCUACCGUCCCAACCACCCAAAGCUCCAAUUCGAUCGCAUCCAUUUAUCCCUCGUGCAGUUUCUGCCUUUAUUGAUAGCCGCGCACGUUCCAUUCGAUUUCCCUUCUUUGAUUCCUCUUUCCGAUCCGUCGCAUUUUCCGCUGGCGGUGAACAAUGGCCGGCGAUAGUUCCUACAUGUCGGCGUCCCAGUCGCAACUCCUCUCCUCGUCCACAUCCUCAUUGUCUCCCUCCAAGCUUUGCUCAAAAACAUAUAAAAAGGCGUCAAAUCUCUUUCUGACACUACGGUUACAAGAAGCACUCUCAGCCCUUGAGCCUGCGAUUACGGUGGUCAGGGGAGCCGACGAGCAGUUCGUCAAUGGCGAUGAUUCCGUCGCGCCCGUUGCUUCAGCCCAGCCGACUUGGCGGAUUAAAGUGUGGAAUCUGUACAUUACACUCUUGAGCCAAAUCAUUGAAUUGGGACCUGAAGAAGGCAAGAAGUUGUUUGGGCAGAAAGAAUGGAAGGCUAUCUCGACCACCGUUCGCGAUGGUGAGAUCUGGGAGACCGUUGUACGGACGGGGUAUAGAGGCUUGGAGGGAUCAGUGGAUGCAGAAGUCGUAUAUAACCUAGCAACCCUCCUGUUGAAACACUCGCCUUCACAGAAACUCAAUCAACAACGACUCGAAACAUACCUAUCGUCUUACGGACAACCCAAUCUAGAUAUAUCAGACCAUCUGACUAGUGGCUCAUCUACACCGCGGGCAAAUGGUGGUACGGAUACCCCGAAAGACCUGGCUGCUAGGGUUAAGAUAAUCGAGCUGUUCACCCUACAUGUUCUUCCCGCAAAUGAAGAGUGGGAAUAUGCGCAGGAGUUCAUCAACUUGAGCGAAGUUCUCGAUGAGGACCGGAAGGAGCUAUUUCUGCAGACGCUAGAAGGCCUGAAAGAAGAGAAACAGCAAGGGGAGCUGCGCGCCGCUGCCCUCCAGCGGGAGAAGGAUGCUGAGCUAGAGAGACAAGCGCGAGAGGAAGAACGUCGCAGGGUAGAGGAAGCUGAGGCUGCUGAACGUGCGCAGAAAGCACAUGGGCGCAGCGGUAGUGAGGUGGAUUACGGGAUUGAGAAGACCUAUCCCAAUGGCAGCAUUAAGGGCAAAGGGAGGUUCGCAGAGAAGCAAUCCAGCAAACCAGGUACCUCCGCGGGUCGGACGGCCUUCUCACCUCCUGGUUCCAAGAAUAUCAAAAAGACCGAGAAGCCCGAGGCGCGGGCCAAGCAAUCACGCGCACUGAUCAAUGUGGUGCGUAAUAUCUUGAAAUACGUCAGCAAGAGCAUCGCGGGCAACCCACUAUCAUUCGCGCGGACGCUUUUGUUCAUGCUCGGCAUCAUAGCCGCAUUAAGCCGACAAGACGUGCGGGAGCGCAUCCGGAGGAUAACAGGCUCCGGUUGGCAGAAAAUCAAGGGGACUGUCGGGAUGGGGGUGAAAGUGAGCUACAUUUGAUGAGCAAUAAAUUCUGCCCUUUUUUCCCUUGUCUAUAUGCCUUUCUAGAUAUCAAACGCCAGGGACUUGUCAUUUCCCCUUGUUCGACUGCGUGAUUGGGG